AGGCAAAAGAAAAGCCAAAGAAGUGGUGUGUGCAAAGCGGAUCGAAGGUUUGCUCGUGGAAAAGUGCUUAUAACAAAAGAAUCAUCAGUUUUCGAAAGCAAUCCAUGUUUCGUCCGAUCGUGCUAGACAUGCUGCUUUCCGUUAAUUAGAAACCAGGUCGAACUUCUAUCGUCGCUCGCGGAAAUUGUUGGAUUUGGAGAUUUUUCGACAAGGAAGAAGCAAAAUUCCAAUCCCCCAAACGCAAAUUGACAGCUGAACGGUGCGGAUUUGAUGGUAGGAAACUGGUUGUCCCUUUCGCACUUCGCGGUGUGUUUUGAUUCGAGCGAGGGAUUUCGCGGUUGUGUUCGUGAUACCGUUUGAUUGUGACAGCUAGAGCAACAACAAUAAUUUCUGGUCGCGAGGAAGAUUCACAUCUGCUCGCUAUCGUUUUGCGAGUGUCGUGUUAUAAUCUUGGAAAUAACAGUGUAAUAAGUAAAAUUUCAUCGUGAUUGUCCCCGCAAAUUUGGUCACAAUUUCGAGACGAAAGCGAGACUUGCCCGGAGCCGGUGGUGGUGGUGGUGGUAGUAGAAGUGGUCGAGAUCAAUCCGGAAAACGACUGAAAACAGGCACAGGAGCAGGAAGCAGCAGCAGUUUUGAUCCCGGAGCUCCAGAAGAGGAACUUCUGGCAGGCGGCGCAAUGAAUUUGACAGAAAACGAUCGGAAACGGGCCAAUUUUUCCGCCCUCAGCAAUACGAAUGGAGCGGUCAUCAAGAUGACCACCAACACAGGGACGGGCAAGCCUGGAGAUAUCAAAAAGAUUGUCAUCAAAAAUUUCAAAACUAAACCCACACUGCCGGAUAACUACCAGGAGCACACCUGGCAGAAACUCCGCGAAGCAGUGAUCGCCAUCCAGACGUCCAAGCGAAUCGAGUACUCGCUGGAAGAGCUCUACCAGGCGGUGGAAAAUAUGUGCAGCCACAAAAUGGACUCCCAGCUGUACGUCAAUCUGACGGCACUCGCGGAACAACACGUCAAGGCGAACAUUACACCCUUCCUGGCGGAAUCGAUCGACAAACUGGUCUAUCUGAAAAAGAUGAACGACUGCUGGCAAUCCCACUGUCAGCAAAUGAUCAUGAUCAGAAGCAUUUUCCUGUAUCUGGAUAGAACGUACGUCCUGCAGAAUCCGACCGUCCAUUCCAUCUGGGACAUGGGACUGGAGUUGUUUCGUGAUCAUAUCGCAAUGAACACACUGGUGCAAGCACGGACAGUGGAGGGAAUUUUAAUUUUGAUCGAAAAAGAACGUAAUGGGGAGACUGUGGAUAGGACUUUGCUUAAAAGUUUACUCAGGAUGUUAUCAGACUUACAAAUUUACAAGGAAGCAUUUGAACAGAAAUUCCUUGUCGCAACGAAACACCUGUACCAAUCGGAAGGCCAGGCUAAGAUGGAAGAGUUAGAGGUUCCUGAUUAUUUGCUACACGUUGACAAACGGUUACAGGAGGAAAACGAACGUCUCCUUCACUAUUUGGACAGUUGUACGAAACAUCAGCUGAUUGUGACAGUGGAACGUCAGCUUAUAACCGAACAUAUAACCGGAAUCCUACAAAAAGGACUCGAUCAGUUACUGGAAGGAAAUCGUCUCUCCGACCUCACCCUGCUGUACUCCCUUUUCAGCCGCGUUAAAAACGGAACAACGGAACUGUGCGGGUCGUUCAAUGCCUACAUCAAAAAGAAAGGGCGCACAAUCGUUAUCGAUCCGGAGAAGGAUAAAUCUAUGGUUCAGGAUCUUCUAGAUUUCAAAGACAAACUGGACAACAUUGUUAACUCAUGCUUCGAUCGGAAUGAAAAGUUCUCCAACUCACUCAGGGAAGCUUUCGAGUUCUUCGUCAAUCAGCGGUCGAACAAACCGGCGGAAUUGAUUGCCAAGUACGUGGACAUGAAGUUACGUGCCGGCAACAAGGAAGCCACCGAGGAGGAACUGGAACAGAUUCUGGACAAGAUCAUGGUUCAGUUUCGGUUUAUCCACGGUAAGGACGUGUUCGAAGCGUUCUAUAAGAAGGACCUAGCCAAACGGUUAUUGGUCGGUAAGUCGGCCUCGGUUGAUGCCGAGAAGAGCAUGCUAUCCAAACUGAAACAGGAGUGCGGCGGGGGAUUCACUUCCAAGCUGGAAGGGAUGUUCAAGGAUAUGGAACUGAGUAGGGAUAUUAACAUUGCAUUUAGGCAGUACAUGGCAAACUCAGAGAGUAAAGAACUGCAGAAUAUCGACCUGACCGUGAACAUCCUGACGAUGGGUUUCUGGCCAACCUACCCGGUGAUGGAGGUGACACUGCCUCAGGAAUUGCUACAAUACCAGUCGAUCUUCAAUAAGUUUUAUCUGGCAAAGCACAGUGGUCGAAAACUGCAAUGGCAGCCGACACUUGGGCACUGCGUGCUGAAGGCACGGUUCGAUGCAGGACUGAAAGAUCUGCAGGUUUCCCUGUUUCAGGGACUUGUGCUGCUGUUGUUCAACUACAGUCCGAAUAUAACGUUCGAGGAAAUAAAAGCGGGCGUUAACAUCGAGGAUGGCGAACUACGUCGCACACUGCAGUCUCUGGCUUGCGGCAAAGCCCGCGUACUCACCAAGAUUCCAAAGGGCCGCGAAGUGGAGGACAAUGACAAGUUCCAAUUCAACAAUGAGUUUACGAAUAAACUGUUUAGAAUUAAAAUCAACCAGAUCCAGAUGAAGGAAACGAAUGAAGAACAGAAAGCUACCGAAGAACGCGUCUAUCAGGACCGACAGUACCAAAUUGACGCGGCGAUUGUUCGCAUCAUGAAGAUGAGGAAAACGCUCAGUCACAAUUUGCUCAUUAGCGAGCUGUACAAGCAGCUAACCUUCCCAGUUAAGCCGGCUGAUCUGAAGAAACGCAUCGAGUCGCUGAUAGAUCGUGACUACAUGGAACGGGAUAAGGACAACCAGAAUCAAUACAAUUAUGUCGCCUAAGCGGUGGUCAGUCGUCAAUAAUCCAUCCCCACUAGUUAGAAGAGUGAGACAAAGCAAAGGACAUUUUGACCUUGUUCAAUUUUGCAUUAAAAAAGCAGUUCCAAAUGGAAAGUGUUUUCUCGAAGAUAGAUUUCGAGAUUAAUCAUAGAAUGGCAUCCUGAAUGCCCUUUUUUUUUAAAUCAACUACUCGGUUUAGGAACUGCACUGUGUAAGCGUAGCACUCACGUGUGUAAGGUAGACAACUUGGUUCCUUGAGAGCGUACUAUGUUGCGAUUUUUUAUUCUCUGUUGGACAAACCGUUUCAAGUGUCGAAUGUCAGGUAUGUGCGGACGCUGUUAGGUCUUAUUACAAUAAACAAAUUAAGAAGGGUAACGACCAGCUUUUUCCCUUAACACGGCGUUAGAAAACCUACUCCUAAGAACGUACUGCGCGGUGAUUGACAGUAGAAGGUGAGGAAUCACUAAACGACAGAACGACAAUUGCCUCCAGUUUAAAAAAUUCGACAGAAAGGGAAAAAUCAUAGAAUAGAAAUUAUACUACACUGAGAGCAACAAUUGAAAUAUCUUCUGUAAAUAGUUUGCGCAUCAGGUUGCUAUAGUGAUUAGAACGUAAAAGGUAAACAGAAACAUAUUAUUAUUAGUGACACUAAUGGAAUUAACUUAAAAUUGCAAAGUCUUUGAACAUCCUGUAAUUGCAACAAAAAAAGAAUAAAAUUUCUGGUAAAGUCAAA